AGACAUUCAUAUAUUGGUUUCGAGUCUUUGACUAUCUUCUGUAGACGAGGAUGAAGACACCGCGUGUACAAUUAUUGCUCUCACUCGUGUUCAUACUGUCUAGUUCAAGCUAUGCUGCAAAUACAAACAUCGGACUUACGAGACACCUCUGCGAGAACGACCCGCCAUACGAACUGGAAUCCUUGUGCAUGUCUAUGUUUGGUGUUACGUGUCCAUCACAAGUUCAGUUGGGAGACUGGGAAUACACUCUGAUCGAUGUCAACAGCUCGGUCAAUAGCACCGCCGCUAUUCAUUGCCCCGGAGAACAAUUGCUGAAGUACGAAAGACGAACUAAUCUUUUCUCUGUUCCUUCCGAAUGUCGUUCAGGCGUGCGCAUCGAUGCAGAACAACAGUACCGAUGUCCACCUACUCUACCAGACAAGGCCAUUCGCCUAGGGCGCAUCUUUGGCAGUUUCGGCUCACCUUCUUCCAAAACUCCACACGAGCAACCUCCAGCAGCUGCGACAGAAGACGCGAUGUCGUCACCUAGAAGAGAAAAACGACACGUCGGGUGCCAAAGUGCCAUCGACCUCGCCAUUCUCAUCGAUUCUUCUGGCAGCAUUACGAGCACCAACUUUUACAAAGCCCGCACCGACGUGGCCUCACUGAUCAGAUACACUUGCAAUGACUUCACGUGUGAUAGUGGUCCACGUGUUAACUUGGCUCUGGUGACGUUUGGGUCUCAACGUUCUACAACCUUUGACUUCGCCUACUCUAAAAAUUACCAUAGCAACACCGAUAGCAUGGUAAGAAGCAUCAACAGAGCGAGAUACUUAGGUGGAAACACUGAAAUGGUGACGGCUCUAAACUACGUCAAUAACUACAUUUUUACUUCGAGCAGGGGUAUGAGAGAAUGCAGUGAGAGAAGGCUCAUUAUACUAACUGACGGUAAGGGUUUCGUUGGGGCAAACGUCCGAGCCGCGGGAGCAAACUUGCACAACAAUAAGAAGGUGGACGUUUACGCUUUUGGCAUCGGCAGCGGGAUAUCGAAUAGUGGCCUGAAAGAUCUCGUGCACCUUAGCUCCAAGACCAGACUAAACAACAUCCUGCCUUACCUAGUCUACUCAACGUCAACUGAGUUUACGAAUGCAGUUCAGGUCAUUGAAAGUGUAACUGCUUACUCAAACAAAAACUGUCUUGAAUCUGUUCUCAAGAAAUGAUCGAGCAGUGAACAAUGACUAACUAUACGUACUAGUAGCUGUUGGUAGCUACAGUCAUUUGAUGUUGUGUGUCGUUCUUGGUUUGAAAGUCGCAAUUUGUUGCUGUGGGUGUUGUAAUCAAACAAGAUUCAAGUUAUAAAAAUCAA